UCAUUCGAGCAGAAUCAAUCUCAUCGCUCUGUUGUGUCUAAUUGAAGCUUUGGAUAAGCUUCUUCCAAUACCUCUACAAUGGAGGCAACUGAUAUUUGGGGAGAAAUUGAACGUUCUGAGAGUUACCUAGUGUGCUCUAUGUAUGAAGAGGCAGAGUCAUUAUCUUCCUCUAUACUGAAAAGAAUAUUUGGCAACAUUGAUGUUUUAUCCGACGAAGCUUCUCAAGGUGAUCAUCAAUUUCAUGAUAUGUUGGAAUCUGCUGGUAUGGUCUUAGUUCAAUCCUUGCAUGGAAUCGGCAGGUAUAUUUCAUUUACUGUAUUCAGAUGUUAUAACAUGAGUAGUUCUUUUGCCUCUUACUUCUGUUUGGAAUUGGAUGCUCUAAAGAAACUUUAGAGUCUUGGACGCUUGUUGUAGUUUUGGCUAUGUGAUAGUUUUUGCCAACAAAUGCCUUUUUCAUGCAGGACAGUUGAGAUUGUAAAUGAGUUAAGAGAUGUGUUUGGAGAAGUUGCAGCUAUUCCUGUUCAAGUUCUUCUUACUGGAGUAUGCCUUCAAAUAUCAAAUGGUUCCUAUUUGGGUGUACGUGAUAUUCUGGAAGAGUUCUUUAGAAUAUGGGUUUACAAGGACAACCACUAUAUCCUAAAUGAUGCUGGAGUAAGUACAAAAGGAUUCCAUGCGAAAAACUGUUUAGAUAUUGAUGAGUACAUGGAAGUCGUUGAGCUGUAUACUUUUGGAGUUCUUGCAAAAUUUUCAAAUGACAUGGGCCUAGCCAUUUCAUGGGUUGAAAAAGCUGCAUUGCCUGAGGAAAGGCGACAGGGGAUUUUGAGAAGAUUGCAUUCCUUACUUUCUCUCAAAACAGCUAGUUCUUUUGAGGAAAAUUCCAAAGAUUCUUCUUAUGCUGUAGUGAAUAACAAGAAGUCGUUGGGUAAUGAAAAGAAUGAUGAGAUUGAUUCUUUCCUGAAACUAUCUAAACAGCAUGAACCUUGGUCACUUUGGUCAUCCCAUCCUCUAAGCCUCAAGGUUGGUAAUACCCAAUUUAGCAUGUCCAGGGGAAAGGUUGCCGUAAGCCUUGUUGGAUUAAUCAUAUGUUAUGCUUUGAAGAGAAAACGAGCUGCUUUGAUAAGGAUCAUUCGCAGGCAAAUGGAGUCCACGAGAAAAGCAAUAGUAGAUUUCUGGAAGCUUGCGUUUUCAUACCAAGUGAAUCCUCUUGCAGCAAUUCAAUCCAUACCAAGCACCACAACAUGAAGAUGGAUCAAAAUUUGGCAUUGAAAAUGCCUAUGUAAUACCAAACCAACACUCAAAUAUUUUCAUAAUUGGUUCUAUUCAAAGUUCAAACUUAGUUUUCCCAAACUUCUCCACUUAUAUCAAACUGUAAUCACUGAACAUGAUUAAGAACCCGUUGCAUAUUAUGUUUUAUCUAUAUUUCUCCUUGCCUUUUUAAUA